AUUUCCAGCAGGAAGUUUUUCUUUUUUCGUUUUCAUCUUUCUACAGUUUCAGGUUUAAAUCAUAGAAGCUGUGUGGUGGGUCUGUUGAUGUAUCUCCAUGGCAGGAAAGAUUCACCAUGGACACAAAUCACAGAAACCGGACAGAUGACAACAGACACCAUAUGUAUAGCAAAAGAAAAAUUACAUACUGGGAGAAAUAUGGAGUUAAACGUUUUCCCUACCGUGGAAAGCGCACAUACACGCCAUUGGUUCACCAGUCUGAGGAUGGAGGAAUCGUUAUCUCAAAUGAUGUUUUCGGAUUGACAAUCAGACAGUUUGAACAAAUGUAUAAAGAUUGUUUAAAUAGAAGAAAAACACACGAAAGCUGGAUAAUGAAUCUAAGAUAUCCUGACAAAGCUUCAAAUGAAUAUCUGGAAUACUUAAAUAAUUGUACUGACUGCAAUAAAGAGCAUUUGUCUUGGUUUGAAAAUGGUUCUCCAGAAAACCACUUGGUUAAACACCUGAUCAGAACAGUAGGUACUGAAAUAGACAUACGUAAUCGACAACUUCUUUUUAUCUUACAUGAUAAAAUACACAAUGCAAAUCACUUUAAUAUAACACAAAUAUCCAGUGGGAGUUUAGCAGAAGGACUGAAUUUACCAGGAAGUGACGUAGAUAUAAUGUUUGUCGAUGAUGUUGUGAAUGUAACACGAAUUGAAAGGAAUAUCAAACAUCCGGUACAACGUACUGAAUUUGUCAUGGAAACAGAUACUGAUCAUCCUGGAUUUACUAGACUCAGAUUUGUUGCAGGAGGUAAACAGAUGAAUAAUUUUUUAUCGAAUGAAUGUAUUGUCAAUACACAAGCAGGUGUAUACUUAUCAACGACUAAGUUUGUGAAUCGUAUGAAGCAGGCACAUCCGAAUAGUUACCCACUUCACGGUCCCUGCAUAUCAGAUACAAAUCUAACUUUGGAUAUGGCAUUCUGCCUAAGAAGUAAAUAUUUACCAUCCAAUGCUAUGCCAUGGAUAUUGCGUUAUCGACGGCAAUGGCCCUCUAAUGUCAUUAUUGACAGGAUAAUAAAUUACGGCUGUUUGAUAGUACCUAUCGGACCAAGGAUUAUGCCAAAUUGUAGUUUAUUGUGGAGAAUAUCCUUCUCAGUGGCGGAAAAACAACUUGUACAUUCGUUUAAUUUCAGCCAAUUUUUGUGUUAUUGCCUUCUUAAAUUAACACUAAAGCGUAUCAUAAACACAAACCACGAGGUCAAAGAUUUGUUGUGUUCUUACUUUAUGAAGUCGGCUUUAUUCUGGGUCUCAGAGGAAGUAGAUAUUGACACAUUUCAAUUACCUAAAUUGUUUAUUUGUUUUUUUCUCUGCCUAAAUAAGCUGAUAUAUUGGGUAAACGAUUGUUACUGUCCGAACUAUUUUAUACCUGAACACAACAUGUUCUUAGGAAAGAUCAAUCGCUAUAACAAUACAUCACUACUUUGUGUACUGAAUAGUAUAAAGUAUAGGGGAAUCAGUGGAUUGAUGCAUAAUUUAUUUCCAUCUAUAACAUGUAAUAUUAGAAGUUGUCCGCCAUUUAUUAAAACAAGUGAACAACAUGAACAAUCAAUACUAAUGUUAGACUUUCUGUUUUACAGAAUAUCUCAACCGGUGUUAAAUGCAAAUUUGGGAAAGCCGUCAAUGGCAAAUAUUACGAUAAUUCAUAAAGUACUAACAUUUAUUAAACAUUUACUUAACUCUGAAUCUUCUACAUUUAAUAUUGAUGUGUGUAAGUACCAUCAUGCUACCGUUAGUCAGUACGCAGCACAACGAUUACCAUCAGCGCAAACAAUUAAAGAAAACUAUAACAUACUCACAAUUUAUCAUAGACAUUUACAAGCUGGAAUAACAAGGGAUGCUGUGACAGGUUGGUUGUUAUAUGCGUCGUUUUAUUAUGUAAAAGAACAGUACAAUGUUACACUCAGACUUACGGAAUAUGUGCUUUCAAAAUGUUCAUCUCAUAUGGUGAUGUUACAGCAACCCAACUACAGUGAAGCAGAUAUAUAUAAUUACAGACAUAAUGCGCAUUAUUCUAUGUCAUUGAAUGCAAAGAUGAAGACAGCUGUUGUAGAUGAAGUCAGGUACUUACGACAUUCAUCAUUGAUACCAAAAGAACUAGAACUGGAGGUAGAAGACAAGGUCUUCAAAGUGCCACCUAUUUUAAUGUCUCACUGUCUACGAUUUCUAUGUUAUCAUCAUAUUGGUGAUACUCUGAGCAGACAACAUGCAUUACGUCAUUUAGAUAUACCACGCUAUUUGUCAGAUUAUGUACUUUCGAAUUCUUUAACAUUACUUGGAGUAUGUUUUGAGAUAUCCGGUGAUAAGGACGCAGCUUUUUAUUAUUAUGAUAAAGCUUUGCAAUGCGAUGAUGGUAUAUGCAGUACAGCAGAAAAAAGAAAAUCAAGACUUUUAAAUAUCUAAAUAAAAGUUGUAUCGCUGCAAUGCAAAUGUCUUCUUUAACCUUGCCAUGAAUGUUAAGUUCAAAAUAAA